AUGGCCAAUGAGCACGACUCGGACCGAGGCAGCUUUCGCUACGCCCCUCGCGACGCCGCCUGGGAGCCUUCGUAUCGCCCCUCGCCCACCGCCCACACCGACAACCACCCGCACGCCGGUGCACAGCAUCAGUACGAUGCUUAUGCACACGAGCGCUCGCGAUACGCUGCCCACCCCCAACACCAGCCGAUUCUGCCACGAUAUCCACAGCACCGAUCGGCACCGCGCGACGAAUGGGCACGCACCUCGGCGCCUGCCUCGCCGCAUGAUGCAGCUAGGCCGUCGGAGCGCCACCGCUCGCAGCAUGCAGCUGCCACGCCCGACCACGCGCAUGCAACGCCUGGGUUCCCGAGUCGCUCCGAAUGGCUCGUCCUGCCCAGCGUCACACAAGCACUCAGUAUGUAUGGCGACAAGCGUCGACAGGAGCCGCGCUUCUCGCUCGUCAUCCGCCAACAGCCGCGACGCGGUCUCGCUGUCGGCAACAGCCAGAUGUCGCUCCGCACCGCCCGCUCGAUCCCCAUCGACCCCCCACCCGUCUGCGAGCUUCUGCUCGACCGCAGUGGUGACGAGCAACUGCUCUCGCUGCCGGAAGUGUUCAUUCGUGCACAGCUCGUACGCGGCGAUUCGCCCAAUGACGAGUGUCUGCCCGACGCACGACGAAUCGAGCCGCUCGUGGGAGACACGCUGCAGAGCGCGUUCAACUCGCGCAUCGACACGCGCGAGGACCAGAGCUUCUUUGUCUUCAAGGAGCUCGGCGUGCGCAACCGCGGCGUAUACCGUCUGCGCUUCGACCUCUUCGACCGCGUGGGCGUGCGCAUCUUCAAGAUCGCUUCGGUCUACAGCGAUGCCUUCGAAGUGCACGAGCGCAGGAAACACCCCGGACUGUCGGCUUCGUCGGUGCUCAUGGAUGCGCUGGUCGAUAGGGGGAUGAAGUACAAGCUGCGCAAGGCGAGCGAUAAGCACGCCAAGAAACGCAAGUCGCCCGAAGACUUUUACUACGGCGACGAGAGGUUGGUCUCGGCAAGGAGACAGAGCUAUGCGGCGGGAGAGUACGAGAGUCGCCAUCUGUCGUCGUCCAGGUCGCCGGGGAGCGAUGCGAGUCUGCAGCCGGUCAGGCCGACGCCGAUGAGGGCGUAUGCGGACAAGUCGGGCGAGCGCGAGAUGCUGCCCCCGAUUGGUGCCACUUCCGCCCCUCCUGCGUAUGCACACUCGCACGGAUAUGCUUCGCACUCGGCACCCCCGAUGAGCAGCCCCGCGGGUCGCAGCCCCCCCGUAGGUGGGAUGGGAGGACCGCCUCCGCUGCCAAGCCUAUCGCGCUUGGCGCCGCAGUCGCGCUCGUACCCCCCACCUCAGCUGCAGGUGCCAUCGCAUUCCCAGCCGCGUUGGUCGCAGGACGACCGCGCUCCGCACUACCGCCCCGACGGUCCGCGUCUCUCACCCCUCGCUGCCGAGUCGGACCGACAACGUCCCUCGCUGCAGUUGCGCUCCUCGUCGUCCUCCGUCGCCACCUCGAGCACCCGCAACUCGACCCCCAACUCAUCCACCACCGACACCCCCUACUACCCCUCCAAGGACUCUGACCGCCCGCAGCUCUCAGCCCUCGGCCUGGGCAUCGCCAAGCUCGACGCAGACGCAGCAGCGCAAGGCGGCCCCGGGGCUUCGGUAGCCCGCUUUGUAGCAAGAGAGGCCGCACCACUGCCUUCGUCAAGCUCGUCGUCCAGCUCAUCGUCAAGCUCGCCGGCAACAAGACCCACCCUACCCCCCAUUUCGAGUCUCUAUGUCCCCCCGCCGGCGCCAGGGUCGAGGAGAGCUUCGGCCGUACAUGCACUCAGCCAGCUCGAAAGCCCCCUCUCCCCACCCGUGCGCCCUUAG